UGCGUGGACGCGCCUCUCUCCUCUUCUCUCCCUCUCUUUUCUGCGCUGCGCCUGCUCCCCCCCGUGCGCGCUCCCGUGCCGGAGGCAGCCUUUCGGGGGAGCUGUGAGAGAGCAGACGAGCGGCUGCGGGGGAGAGCGAAAGAUGGAGGUGAGGGUCGGGGAGAGACUCCUGUGGCUGGCCGUGCUGUCCACUGUCCUCUGCGUGGAUUCGGUCUUCGGAAAAUACGUCAAAGGCAUCGUCAACACCAAAGAGAACUGCUACGAGAAGGAAGCGGUGCUGAGGCCUGAAAACAACCAGGUCAUCAAUCUCACCACGCGCUACACCUGGUCAGGAUGUGCGGUGGAGGACGACGGGAACGAGGAGGUUCUGAGCUGCGUGGGGGGUCGCAGUUUCCGCUCGGUGAGGGAGAGGUGGUGGUACAUCGCUCUCAGCAAGUGUGGGGGCGAUGGCUUGCAGCUGGAGUACGAGAUGAAGCUGACCAACGGCCAGUCUUUCUGGACGCAGCAUUUCUCUGCAGACGAGUUCGGAAUCUUGGAGACUGACAUCACGUUCCUGGUCAUCUUCACGUUAGUGUUCCUCCUCUCCUGCUACUUUGCAUACAAUCUGAAGGGGAGACAGCUUCUUCACACAACCUACAAAAUGUUCAUGACGGCAGCAGGUGUGGAGGUGCUCAGCCUAAUGUUCCAUUGUGUCUACUGGGGCCUGUAUGCCAGGGAUGGAGUUGGCAACGGCAGCCUGAAGAUACUGGGGAAAUUACUGUUCUCCGUCAGUUUCUUGGUGUUCCUUCUGAUGCUCAUUCUGUUGGGUAAAGGUUUCACUGUCACCAGGGCGAGGAUCAGCCACAGUGGCACUGUUAAACUGAGCAUCUACAUGACAGUCUACACAAUCACCUAUGUCAUCCUCUUCAUCUAUGAGGCGGAGUUCUUUGACCCAGGUGAGGUGCUGUACGCCUACGACAGCCCCGCUGGCUACGGCCUGAUGAGCCUGCAGCUGGUCGCCUACGUGUGGUUCUGCUACGCCGUGCUGGUCUCCCUGAAACACUAUCCUGAGAAGCAGCCCUUCUACGUCCCUUUCUUUACCACAUACACUCUCUGGUUUUUCGCUGUGCCUGUGAUGGCUCUGAUCGCCAACUUCGGGAUUCCUCGAUGGGCUCGGGAGAAGAUCGUGAACGGGAUUCAGCUCGGCAUCCACCUCUACGCUCACUUCGUCUUCCUAGUUAUUACGAGACCGUCAGCAGCCAACAAAAACUUCCCAUAUCAUGUUCGGACCUCCCAGAUUGGGAUCUUGCAGUCCAGUCCAAAAGGAGGCGAGGGAGGGGAGAGCUUUCCCCACCAUGCCUAUGGAAACAGCUCCUUCCUCGGAGAUUCUCAACCCAACUUCACUGAACUCUUCUCCAUCCAGUCAGAUCCAGUGAAGACGGUGGACGAGACGGUCGCCCGCAAAGGACCCGAUGUGCCGAGGAACAGCGAACAGAAGAUCAUCACCACAGCUGCAGACUUGACCAUGAUAUUGCCCCCUCCCCCACCUCCAAUACCCCCGCGCCCUGCCUCACGCUCGCCCCCCAUGCCGCCUCGGCUCCCGUCCUUCACAGAGUAUUUCAGCAUGCAGAGCGGUGGUGGCGCAGGCUUUGGAACCAAGGCAUGAAGUGGACGGGGAAAGAAAGAAAGAAAGACAGUGGCAGAAAUGGUGAAGGCUUCAGACAGAAACAGAUAAAGCUGGUGAGAGUCACGGUGUAAAAACAGGUCACCCAGAAUAACAGAAGAAUUUAUAGAUGGAGGGAACAGAUACGAGAAUUCAUCACUAAAAGUAAACCCCUAAAUGGUCUUUUUAACCUGCAAAUGGAAAUGACCUGUAUGAAGAAGUUGGGGAGCGAGGGAGGGAGGGGGGGGGGGGGGGCUAAUACGCAGAUGCUGAGGUUGUAAAAGAAUAAAGAAGCAAUAAAUAUUUGAUGUUGACCAGAUGAAGGCACACGGGGGGAGCGAUGACAGAGUGGAUGUAGCCCGAGCAAUAGAACGAUAGCUGUGCACAAUGCGGAAAUGAACAAAAUUCUCGAAAUACUUUUAUUCAAAAAUUCAUGAGGAUUUGAUGGCGUGCCUGGUAGAGUUUGUAAAUAGCAAAAACUGUUGAAAGCAACAAUUCUGUAUAAUUUUAUUUCAAAAGAGCAGUUUAAUUCAUGCCCCCCCCCCAAACAUGACAUUCCAGUUGGUGCUUCGACCACAGAGAAAUCUCAUGACACUAAAAAACUUUUUUAUGUUCCAAGACAUUUUUGAUAAAACUUAGAUAUAUUUAUGGUAUAUGGAGUCUGUUGUGUUUAUUUAUAUUCCUACUGUAUACGCCUUCGUUGGAGCUGUUUUUUUUUUUUUUUUUCUGGAUCGAUAUGCUGAUGUGUAACUGUAAAUUGUCACAUUUACUCUGGGCACCUCCAAGUACAGUACUCGUAAAACAUGCAUGUUUGUGUUGUAUUUCCAGUCCGAAAAAGCAGAUAUAUGUGCUCCAUGUGAUCAUAUAAUACUUGCUUAUUGUGUGUAUUGAAACCCACACUUGUGUAAAUACAUACAAUAGGCUGCAGUACGGUUUUUGACUGCAAAAAAUUCAGUUAAUUGUUAUUCUGAUUAAAGCUGUCUUGCAGUAUUUGUAACCCAAAAGUAGAAGUAGGCAUGGGCUGGUAUGACAUUCUGAGAUAUAACCUUGAGCAAAAAUACCACAGUUUCACUCCGGAUGGCGGAAUAGAAAUUUAAAUCUGCAGCGAUCGGUGAACUGUGGCUGAUCUUGGGUUUCGUAAACCUCUGAGCUGCUAAUAGCAACUUUUUGCAGGUUCUGAAUUUUCCUGAAGAACAGUGUUAAAAAUAUUUUUAGAGCAAUUUUGCCAUGAGCGAUCAUUAUUCAUGUUAAGAGUAGAGGCACCGUCACACUGGGUGUGUGUCAGAGAGACAGAGAGAGGAUGCUUCAAAAGAUGGUUUUACUGUUAUUUUAGAAUAAAGACAAAAUGACUAUAGAGCUGACAUUUUAAGCUGUAUUUAGCAACUUCUAUUAAUAUUCAGCAUGGUUAUUAUUAGCAACUGUACACAUUAGUCCGUAUUUGUAUUCUGUAUAGCGCUCUGGUUUGUAUCUUUGCCAGUACAUCUCCCUGUUUCAUACCCAUGGACCAUUGCAUAUAAUUUCUUUUUCCUUUGGCAGUUAGGUAAUUUUGAUCAAUUGUUGAGAAAGAUUAUUAUAAAAAGAGCUAAAAUAACCAGUACCCAAACAUCCUCACUGAAAAGUGUUUUUAUUAGAGCAACAAGUGGGCGUUUCUCUGUUUCCCACAGGCUGGUCACCAGUUUGGGCCGGCCGAGCUGAAAAUCAUCCGUUUCUACUCAUCAGCUAAUUUAUCUGCUCAUUAAAACAUUAACUAAUUACUAUAAUAGAAAAAAAAAUCUAAAUUUAUGCUAAAAAGAUCAUACCGUGACACUAUUAUUAUUGCUCUAACAGUAGCUUUCUUUUAAAUUCUUUUAUUCACAUAUAAAUAAUUUGUUGCACAUAAAGAAGUGGGAGAAUAACUGAUCAAUAACCCUUUGACAAUCUGAAUUUUUUUUUUAACAGCAAGCAAUUUUAAGGUAUUUCAAUAUUUCUUCUUUCCUCAGACUAAAGCAGAGGUGGGAGACCUUGGUAAAAUGUGGAAUAAAAACUGAAAAAUUUUUUUGUAAUAGUUUUUAAGUAAAGUUUUAUUGUGCAGAAUAUCUUUUCUGCCAUUCCAAUGUUUGCAAAGUAACAUUUGGACCUCAACAAGCUCAAGUUAGCGUGUUAGCUGGUAGACUGCUUAUUUUGCACAUAAAUAGGAACACUAGUUGCCACAUUUCUCUGUAAACAACAGCAUCUUGGUGACUGGUGGCUUUUGGUAACCUGAUAAUAAUCAAGACAGCUGACUUCAUUGUUUUUCCUUUUAUUUAAGUACAAUCUCAUGAGAAUCCCCUUCUAUUAGCCAUGAUGCACUGACUGGCAACUCACAGUCAAAGUGUGGCCUACUAAAUGCAAGAAAACACUUUCUAUGGUUUGUCGUUAAGGACAGUUUAAACAACACAAAUAUGUCAAUAUACAUUUUUGUAUUUAGUUUUUAUAACGAUGAAAUCAGAUAUCUGCCCAUGCCUAGUAAAAUCCAAAUUACACUAUACUAGUUUACUUUAUGUCACUGGAGUGCAGAAUAUCCCUGUUUUAAACUGUCAUAUCUGUGUUCGUGGACGUCGGUGAAUGUACUGAUACGAUGCAGCACAAUGACAGGGGUGAUGCUGAAGUCGCUCUGAUUGCUGUAAAGCCUUUUAUCUUCAGCACAUCCAGGAAUUUAAAGGCAGCGGUGUCUUUGCAUGUUUUGGUAAUCGAAUGUUCUCACCAGCCUCCCUUUUAUUUUAAUGUUAAACCACAAUAUGGACUUGAAAUACGAGCAAUUUGUCCUUUUUUGCAGUAAAGGACGGAUGAAUUUGCUUUGAUUUCAAAUCUAAACCCUGAGAUAUGAAAAAUUGGCCAGCUUUUAAAUAUUCUUAGCCAGCCAGCCAGUUCUGUGACCGUUGUAUGUUGGGAUACUAGGAGGGGCCGUUUCCUCUGCACACCCUAAAGACUUUAAUUCUAGAUGGACAAAAACAUAGUUCUUAUAUUUCAAAGAGUUUGGAAGAGGAUAGGUCUAUUUCUCUUUGAUUUAUGAAACAUUGUAUUUGGAAAUCUCAUUGUCAUCCCAAAAACAGAUGCUCGUUGCUGGACUUUGUGUUGCCGUUGCUUUCCGUUUCUGGUUUCGCACCCAAUUACCAAAACAAGCACAGACCCAAGAGGCUGUUUCUCUUCUUCUUUAAAGAAGUAACUUUAUUCUCACCCCUGUCUUGUAUUUGAGACGUAAAUCAUUAUAUUUGUUGGCUUUUUAUACCUUAAUGUUUAAACUGCGCAAAAAGCUGAACAAAUACUCCUGCUUUUUUUUU